UUUUUUUUUUUUUUUUUGGUAAUUUUAUUUGAAAACAAUUUUUGUCGUGUAUACGUGGGUGACAAGCAUAAUGUUGCAUUAUCUAUAUAAUAUGUGAAAUGGAUUUCGCGAAUCGCAAUAAUACGGCCAAUAAGUUUGUCUGCCCCAGCGACAGGCAGCUGGCCCUGCGUGCCAAAUUGAAAGCCGGCUGGAGCAGCUCAAAGACCAAUGAACCAUUACGUCCGGAGGAGCAGGAGGCAAUUAUUUCCGUGAUACGUCGGAAUGAAGAGAUCGAGAUUGCGGAACGGCAACGUGUCGGUCGACUCGUCGAGCGUGUGGAGAAGAUCAAGCUGCACGCCGUGGAGCGCGGCCCCAACUGCUGUCGGCUGUGCGGCGAUGCGUUCGGGCUGCUGCGACCGCAGCGCAUCCUGUGCGAGGAUUGCCGCAAGUCCGUCUGCACCAAGUGCAGCGUGGACAUCAACAUCCGCUAUCACAACAGCGAGCGAACGCGCGAGAUUUGGCUGUGCCGCAUCUGCUCGGAGACGCGCGAAAUGUGGAAGAAGUCGGGCGCGUGGUUCUUCAAGGGUUUGCCCAACUACGAUAUGCCCGUGCGCAGUGCCAGCGCCUCCAAUACGCCCACCACGACACCCACGGCCGGGGGCGGCGGCGGCGGUGCGGUGGCAGCGUACGGCAAAGCCGGAGCCGGAAAGGGGGCGCGCGCCGUGCAGAGCUGCCACGGGACGCCGGCACGUGGCGGCCGCAUCAAGAAGCUAACGAUUCGGGUGAACGACAGCAGCAGCAGCAGCGCCAGCAACAGCAGUGCCAGCGGCCAGUCGGAGCCGGAGGAGGAUCAACUGGAUGGCGCCAAGUCGACUACAGCUGGCGCCGGCACUGCCUCCGCCUCCGCCCCUGGCACCGGCACCGGCACCGACUCCUCUGACCGGCAGCGACUGCAACGUGAUGAGAGCUUCCGGCUGCGUGCCUACGGCUCGAUACGUAGCUUCAUCGAUGGCGGCGAACGCAAGUUGUCCAACUCGUUCUUCUUUGGCCGGCAGGCGAACGCGAAUGCGGGCAGCCGGCAGGCGGAUGGCCAGGACUACGACAACAUCUCGAAUGCGUCAACUGUGGCGCAGCUGCGCCGCGAGGGCAGCUUCAUGCGUCGCAGUUCCGUGAGCUCGUCGUGGUCCUUCAGCGACAGCUCCGGCUCGGGCAAUUCGGCGACACAGACCACACAAAACCCGCAGCAGCAAAAGCAACAACAACAACAGCAGCAACAGCAGCAACAACAACAACAUUGUCGCGAUCCUUUGCUUGGCUGGCUGGAGCUGGCGAUCAGCUAUCGGGAGAGCUUCCACAGCUUGGACUGCACACUGGUGCGGGCUAGAGAUCUGCCGGCAAUGGAUGCCAGCGGCCUGGCCGAUCCCUACUGCAAGGUGAACAUCGUGACGCCCGAGGGGCAUACGAAAUACACCCGCUGGCAGCGCACCAAGACGGUGCACAAGACCCGCAAUCCCGACUUCAACGAGACCCUCCAGUUCGUAGGCGUCGAACCCGAGGAGCUGGGCAACUCGCUGCUCUAUGUGGCGCUCUUCGACGACGACAAGUACGGACACGAUUUCCUGGGCGCCGCCAAAGUCUGCCUAUCGACGGUGCAUAGCACAUCGCAGUAUCGGAUAUCCGUGCCGCUGGGUGCAGAGGAUCAGUAUAGCGCCGAGGCGGAGAUGUCGCAGAGCUGGCCAAAUGGCAAGAUGCUCAUCUCGCUGUGCUACAAUACGAAACGGCGGGCGCUGGUGGUCAAUGUGAAGCAGUGCAUCAAUCUGCUGCCCAUGGACAACAACGGCAGCUCGGAUCCCUUUGUCAAGCUGCAACUGAAACCGGAUGCGCACAAGAAUAAGAAGCACAAGACGAGCGUCAAGUGGCGCACACUGAAUCCUGUCUUCAAUGAGGAGUUCUAUUUCGAGGCCAGUCCGCACGAUCUGAACAAGGAGAUGCUCAUCCUGACCGUCUGGGACAAGGAUCUGGGCAAGAGCAACGACUUUCUGGGCAGCCUCCAAUUGGGCGCCCAAAGCAAAGGUGAUCGCCUGCAGCAGUGGCUCGACUGCAUCCGGCUGCCGGAUCAUUUCCACGAGAAGUGGCAUUGUCUGGCCAGCGAUAAUCCCACACAUUAGCCGACGACUGUGGAGUCCGCUCAAGCUGAUUUUAAACUUAGAUUCGCACACCUAAACAAACACACAUACACAUAUAC